AUGUCGCGUAUGCGCCCGGCGCAGCUUAAGCUGUGGUCAAACAAUGUUAGGGGCCUCAACGUUCCGGAGAAACGUUCCCAGCUGCUCCGCCAACUUUGGGCAGAGCAGGUGUCCGUGGCUUUCUUGCAGGAGACACACUUCGUGAGCCUUGCCCAUCCCAAACUCGAAAACCACCGUCACCCGGACGUCCAGAAAACGGGCUUCGCAAUCCUCUUCGCGCACUCGAUACCAUAUCUACACAAAGAGAUGCUUACAGACCCGGGCGGGAGAUACAUAUUCCUCAAGGACACCAUAGCAGACCAUGCCUACACAUUCGCCUGUAUAUAUAGCCUGAACCGAACACAACACACUUUCCUGGCCAAAACACUGUCCAAACUAGAACGGUUUAGGGAGGGACUCUUGAUACUAGGAGGGGACAUGAAUAUGCCGCAAGACCCACGCUUAGACUCCUCGAGGGGCACCAGUGCCAUACCCACACACUACCUACACAAGGCCCGGCGAGUCCUGAACACAGUGGGGCUUGUCGACUGCUGGAGAGCAACCCACCCUGAUGAUAGGGAUUAUACCUACUAUUUGCCCACACACAAGCAGUACAGCCGCAUAGAUUAUAUCUUUAUGCCACAGGAAUACCUGACACAGCUACACGACGCUAACAUCGGGAAUAUGCGCCACUCGGACCAUGCCCCAGUUUCGAUGCAAAUGAGCUCCCCUUUAUUUAAACCAGCGGAACGCCAAUGGAGGCUUAAUGAAACGCUGCUGACUGACCUAGACGCACGCACCACGGCUCAACAACUUCUCACCCAAUAUUUCAACAUAAACGACACCCCCGACAUGCCUUCUUUGACGGUAUGGGAAGCCCAUAAGUGUGUACUGCAGGGACACUUUAAUUCCAUCAAUACAAGAUGCAAGAAAGAAAAGGCGUGCCGCAUCACAGAUCUAACGAAGACGAUCGCAACCCUGGAGAACGCCCACAAGCAGACCCUAGAUGACGACCCCUACCUCCAAGUACUAGAUGCCAACUCAGAACAAUAA